UCCACAUUUCCCAAUCCGGAGGAAGGAACACUUUCGCACCAAGACAGGGGAAUAAAAAAAAAGGAAGCGCCUGCAAUCAUGUUCCAGACCUGCUCUUGAUUUUUAUAGAUCGCCAACGUCUCCACAGUCUCCUCACGCAAGCGUCCAGUAUAGCACAAAAAUGGAGGGCACUGUCUUCACUCCUGCACUGGAGAAAAUACAACAUGUAAAGUCUGAACAAGGAGAAAUAUUGACCAUGCCUUUCUUAGACGUAUGCAAGCAGAUAUUGCCCGUUAUAGAUAAAUUUGGAGCAGCUAUGGCUCUUGUUAAAUCUGACAUAGGUGGGAACAUAUCGAGAUUGGAGUCUAUGUAUAAUUCCAAUCCAGUGAAAUUCAACUACCUGUACAGUUUGGUACAAAUAGAGGUUGAAACUAAAACUGCAAAGUCAGGAUCUAGUUGCACCAAUGGACUUCUUUGGUUAACAAGGGCAAUGGAUUUCUUGGCGGCAUUAUUCCGAAAUUUAAUUGAGCACACAGAUUGGUCAAUGUCACAGGCCUGUACAGAUUCUUAUAACAAAACCUUAAAGAAGUGGCAUGGUUGGCUUGCUAGUUCAAGCUUCACUGUUGCCAUGAAGCUUGCUCCUGAUAGGAAAAAGUUCAUGGACGUCAUAGGAGGCUCUGGUGAUAUCAACACUGACAUAGAGAAAUUUUGCUCAGCAUUUUCUCCUUUCCUUGAAGAGAAUCACAAGUUUCUGGGUCGCUGUGGCUUGGAUGAUAUGAAGGCUUCCUAAAUCAAAAAUCAAGAAAUAUGAUCAAAAGUCCCCUGCUGUGCUUGCUCCUGAAUCCAUCCUCCAUUUCGCUCCUGGCCUCCAAAAUAGCAGAGAUUGAUUAAUGAUAAAUAAUCUGUGAAUUCAUUUCCAUACAGCUAAUUUCUCUAUAGAUAAUUUAUGUUGUUGUCAAGCUUGCCUACUCUACUGCACCGAAGUGGCUCCUCUGCUGCAUACUAUUUGUUAGGUUCCUGCUUCUGAAGACAAACAUGAUUUGCUUAUAAAUAUUUCUAAAACAAAAACAUGAUUUACCUAUAAUA